ACACACAGAGACAUACACACACAAACACACACAUUCACACACACUGAGCAUCUGAGGCUGAAGAAGUUUCUCUUUUCCCCUCGUUCAACUCAGGAAAGUACUUUUUUAUUGGACGCUGCAACUUUUCAUGGAUUAAUAUUGUAAGAACUGGAAUCAGGAGAUUGUUACAUAUGAUACCGGAUUUAUGAUUUGGAGGUUUGCAAUGUAUUUGGUGUAAUCAGCAGAGAGGAAAUAGUGAGGUCAUAGUAUUCUAGGUUUAUGUGGCGUCAAUUGACGAUAUUGCAUUUUUAAGUUCGACUUCUCUAUUGUAAAGUUCAUCUUGUGUCAUUUUAUUUUUUUCAAAUAUGUUUGGCUAUAUAACUCUGUCAAUGAAGUUAACUAAACAGAAAAUGACAUCUGCAAGUUACCUUUUUUAGUUGCUGAACUUUAUAGUCAGGCCCCCAAAAGCCAAAUUACAGGGACAUUAGACACCUCUUUGCUGUGAGCAGUCUAAAUUGGAAGGUGUCGCCAUGACCAGCCCCUCCAGGAGUAUCGACCACGUCUAUGAGAGCCCGGCUCACAAGCCAGAGACGCCCAGGUACCGGAGCUGGAGCAGCUUCCGCUUUUCACGAUGGAGAAGUGGCUCCCAGAGGACCACCCCACCUGGCACCCCUUCCCCGAAGGUAGACAAGAAGGGCGAUGUGAGCAACACUCUCUUCACCCUGGUCAAGACCCACAAUGAAGACUACACGGCUGACCCCGAUGGCCUGCAUGACACCAACGAGGAGGGGGACGGAGGCAGCGAGGUCCUCUCUCAGGACGAGUCCAACUACUUCCAGAAGCAGUUUGGGUCCUUGCUGCAGCCCGGGGUCAACAAGUUCUCCCUGCGCAUGUUUGGCAGCCAUAAGGGUGUUGCUGCUGAGCAGGCCAGGGUCCAGAGCUUCGGCGUGUGGAUCAUCCACCCCUACAGUAACUUCAGGUUCACCUGGGACAUUGUGAUGCUCCUGCUGAUGAUGAGUAAUCUGGUGAUUCUACCGUGGGGAAUCACCUUCUUUGAGGACCAGAACACCCCCCCCUGGAUCACCUUUAACGUCCUCUCUGACACUCUCUUCCUCAUGGACUUGGCUUUCAACUUCCGCACCGGCAUCCUGGAAGGGGACAGCCACGUCAUCCUGGACCCCAAAGAGAUCCGCAGGCACUACCUCCGCACAUGGUUCAUGGUGGACUUCAUCUCCUCCAUCCCCGUCGACUACAUCUUCCUCAUCGUUGACCUGGAGUCCCGGCACGACUCGUCUGACGUGUACCGCACUGCCCGCGCACUACGGAUCGUGCGCUUCACCAAGAUCCUCAGUCUACUGCGUCUCCUGCGACUGUCUCGCCUCAUCCGGUACAUUCACCAGUGGGAAGAGCUUUUCCAUAUGACCUAUGACCUGGCCAGUGCAGUGGUGCGCAUAGUGAACUUGAUUGGCAUGAUGCUGCUGUUGUGUCACUGGGAUGGAUGCUUGACCUUCAUGGUGCCGAUGCUGCAGGACUUUCCUCCAGACUGCUGGGUAGCCAAGAACAACAUGGUGAAUGCUACAUGGCACACACAGUACUCCUACUCCCUGUUUAUGGCCAUGAGUCACAUGCUGUGUAUAGGAUACGGCGCUCACCCUCCGGAGGGCCUGAGCGACGUGUGGCUCACCAUGGUCAGCAUGGUUGUGGGGGCCACCUGCUACGCCCUGUUCCUCGGCCACGCUACGACCCUGGUGCAGUCGUUGGAUGCGUCACAUCGUCAGUAUCAAGAGAAGUACAAACAAGUGGAGCAGUACAUGUCGUUCCAUAAACUGCCAGCGGACGUGAGGCAGAGGAUCCAUGAUUAUUACGAGCAGCGAUUCCAGGGCAAGAUGUUUGACGAGGACAGCAUCCUCGGAGAGCUCAGUGAUCCGCUCAAGGAGGAGAUAGUCAGCUAUAACUGCCGUGGGCUGGUGGCCAACAUGCCGCUGUUUGCCAACACUGACCCUCAUUUUGUGACAGUGAUCCUGACCAAGCUGCGUUUUGAGGUCUUCCAACCUGCAGACUUGAUUAUACGAGAAGGGACCCUGGGUCGGAAAAUGUACUUCAUCCAGCACGGCGCAGUCACUGUCCUCCCACGGGGCAGUAAGGAGAUUAUGCUCAGCGAUGGAGCGUACUUUGGGGAGAUCUGCCUUCUCACCCAGGGCCGACGCACAGCCAGCGUGAGGGCCGACACAUACUGCCGUCUUUACUCCCUGAGCGUGGAGAGUUUCAACGAGGUGCUGGAGGAACAUCCUCUGAUGAGGAGGGCCUUCGAGAGCGUAGCUGUCGACCGACUGGGACGAGUCUCCCGCAGACCCAGUUACCAGCCUCCCCCAGCAGAAUGACCUCCUCUGCACCAGCACAGAGACACUGGUGUAAGAUAUUUAACACCUUGACUGAACUGAUUGCUGUUGGACAAGAUGAUGGAGACCCUCAUUUUUAUUUGUUAACACAUUGCUGCACCUCGUUGGAAAUAUUGAACCUACCAUCAUUUAUUUUAAUGUUGUUACUUGAAUCUCGGUAUUCUAUUACAUGAUCGUUUUGUGUUAGAUUUUUCAACACUUCUCAGGUUAGAUCCACUGUAUAAUUAAAAAAGGAAAAGUAUUAACUUGAAUGAGAAAGUAAUCUCUUCUAUUCUUGGUGAUACGUGUUCUCUUUACCACAUGUAAAUAGGAAUAAUUCCCCCGGCCUGUAUGCUUUGAGACUGCAGUUUCAUUAUCGCUCACACAUCCAGGAUAUUGGAAGCACACAGCUGCAGCAGCUGGGAGAUACGUGUUGCAGCUUUAUACAGCUCUGAUUCAAAUGAUCCCUCAUGUCUGCAGGUUGCAACAAAUGAGGGUUUAAUACCAUUGUUCCCUGAGGAUAAGCUGCUGUGAUGUAACAACUGUACAGAGACAGGCUGUACGCAGCCAUAUGUCCUUGUUUGAUUCACCACAUGUCAUAUUUGGAGAUGUUUAUUUUAUCACAUUGAACUCUACCCCUGUAUCCCUACAGUUAAUUUCCCAGUGUAAGUGUUUUUGUUUCAACACAUGAAUAUUAGGAGUCACUCACUUUCCUUGCACUUUCAUCUGUUUUAAUGUCUGCAAACAAAUGUAAAAAUCUUUCUUUUUAAUUAUUUUCAUUUCAGAAGUAAACCUAAAGUUGGUUAGAAGGUACUAAUAACCUUAAGAUAACAACAUUUCAGAUGGUUCAGAGUUGUUUAAUCCCAGUAACACAGUGAUAGUGCAAUCAGAUGCUGAUAUAAAUAAAA